ACAUGGAGAUGUGUAUGUUCCAGCAAGAGCAGCAAAGCACAGAAGUGUGUGUGUGUGCAUGCAGGUAGCAUCAGCAGUGAUCCCUGCGCUACCAGUCUAUAGAACAAACCCUCCGAUAACUUGUAAACGGCAUAGCUACCCAUUUUUUUUCUUUCCCUUUUUUGGUUGUACUGACUUGAAGCAGCUGCAAAGAAUUCACCAUGGAGAAAAUGUCCAGGGUUUUACCUCUGAAUUCAACUUUUAUACCUCCGACUUACGGGGUCCUGAAAUCUCUUCUGGAGAAUCCGUUGAAAUUACCCCUGCACCACGAAGAUGCCUUCUGUAAAGAGAAAGAGAAGAAGUUAGAAGAUGACAACACAGCCUCUACAGUCCCACAGUCAGCUUUUUUAGGGCCAACCUUAUGGGACAAGACGCUACCCUACGAUGGAGAUACCUUCCAGCUAGAGUACAUGGACCUGGAAGAGUUUCUCUCUGAAAACGGCAUUCCUCCCAGCCAAUCGUCACACGAACUGAGCCAUCACCAGCCAAGCCACCCACAAGCUUCUGCUACGUCACCAUCUGUUAUUGAUCUAAGCAACAGGGCAUCGACAUCUGUCCUGCCAGGCCUGGUACCUCAUAACUGCAUGCACAGCCCAGUCCGACCUGGGCAAAUUUUGGCAGCAAACCGGAACACCCCAAGCCCCAUUGAUCCAGAAUCCAUCCAAGUUGUGGUCGGAUAUGAACCAGACCCAGCAGAUCUGGCGCUCUCUAGCAUCCCAGGCCAGGAGAUGUUUGACCCAAGGAAGCGCAAGUUCUCGGAGGAAGAGCUGAAACCACAGCCUAUGAUUAAGAAAGCUCGUAAGGUCUUUAUCUCAGAGGAUCUGAAGCAGGAUGAAAAAUACUGGACCAGGCGCAAGAAGAACAAUUUAGCUGCCAAGCGUUCACGGGAUGCUCGGAGACUGAAAGAGAACCAGAUUGCCAUCCGAGCCUCGUUCCUCGAGAAGGAGAACUCGGCCUUAAGAAUGGAGGUGGCCGACUUGCGGAAGGAGCUUGGCAAAUGCAAGAAUGUUUUGGCAAAAUAUGAAGCUCGACAUGGUCACCUGUAAGGAAAAAAAAGUGUGUUUUAUUUAUAAGGACAAAAUGGACACCCUUUCCCUGUAGCACUAAACACAAAUCAACCUAUCUGUCAUCAGCACUUUACUGGAAUCAGAAACAGUGUUUCUGUGCUUGUUAUUCUGCACUUUUCCAUUUUACAAAGCGCUUUCUAAGAAGGUACCAUUUUCUUAACCGGACUAUAUAACAAUAAGAAAAAAACUCUUGUAGCAAAACCUGUUCCAGUGCUCAUUUCAGAGCCAUCUUCACCAUGUUCCCUUUAGGUUAUUGUCAGCCAUUAUGGGAGUAUGUGGGUCUCGCUGGAAGACCGUCUGACAUUUUCCUUACAUCACGGGACACAUAAACAAGUCUACAGUCUUAUGAUCUAAAAUAAGAACUGUUUAAUAAAAUGUUUUUGAAUUCUU